AUGAAAGUGUCCGAUUUUAUCUGGGCCACCCGAUAUGUAUACUUGAAGUUGAAAGUUUAUUUUAUACCCAAGAAAACAUCUCGUAACAGGAAAGCAAAAAAACCAAAUGUUCGAAAACAAUCUCUCUCAAAUAAUUAUUGGAACUUGAUUAAAGAUCGUUGUCAACUAGAUGAUAUAUUAGAAUCGACUGAUAGUUUUAAUGUAGAUCAUUUUGAACAAGAAAUAAAAUAUUGGGAACAGGAAACAAUUAAAACAGUGAAAAAAAUAGUACAAACAACUCUUGAUGAUCUUCAUAAAAUUAUUGGUGAACAAAAAAAAUGUUAUAGAAUAAAAUUAAAUCAAAUUAGUCAAGAUUUAUUAGAAUAUUCCACUAGAAAUGAUAUAUCAGAUAGAAAUUUUGAUCAUUUAAAGACAGAAUUGGAUGAACUCAAAUUAGAUGUCAAAAAUUUAGUAUCAAAUAUAUCAUUAGAUCUUAAAUGGCCAGCUAAAAUUGACUGGAAAACAAUGUUGAGUAUAACACAAUUAGGUAACAAAAAAAAACUACCACUUCAACGGCAACAGUCACCAGAUAUUCUCAAAGAUUUAAAAGACACUAAAUGUUUGAUAUGCAAUAAGAAAACAUCAUAUUCAAAUAAAGUGUGUAAUGAGUGUCUUAAAUUGAAUCGUAUUGAAUUUUUUCGACAUAUUUCAAACACACUUAAAUUGCAAGCUCGAAAAGGAUUUGAUGAAUUAAAACAAGAAUGUGAAAAAAUGAAGUUACUUAUAGAUAUUCAUCGUUUAAUAUUUAAACCUAUUGAGUUUUUUGAUCAAAUUACAUAUGGUGAAGAUAAAAUUGCAGAAUAUUAUUUACAAACGUAUUGUGACUCUACAUUAGAAAACUAUAUUCCGGUUGAUGUUCGAGCUGAUGGUAACUGUUUUUAUAAUAGUUUCCUAUCGAUUUCAUCUAGUUGUGAUUUUGAUGUGGUAGAAUUGCGUACACGAAAUAUAAUUGAAUUAGUCAAUAAUUCAUCAUUAUAUCAGAGACAAUAUGCAAAUAUUCUUCAUCUUCUUGAUCCAUUAGAACAGUAUGUCACAAAUGAAAUGGUAAAAAACCAUCAAGAUUCAACCGUGUGGGAUUUAUUAAGUAUAACAGCAGUACUUGGAAUUCAAGUUAAAUCGAUCUAUCCAAAAGUAAAUGGAAAAAACGAUGAAUUAGCCAAAUAUCUAAACCAAACAUUUUCAGCUAUUAAUCGAUAUGAACAAUACCAAACACAAAUUACUUUACUAUGGUCUCAUUGUUCGACACCAAAACAACUAAAUAAACCGUGGAUGCCCAAUCAUUUUGUGCCUCUAUUGAAGAAUAUUACGGUAACCAAGAAAUUGACAAACAAUUUAAAUGUCACAAAUGCGGUAUAUACAGAUAAACAAGAGUUGACUGAUGUGGUAUAUACAGAUGAACAAGAGUUAAAUUUUCAGAAUGUAAUUGAUGAUCGAGAAAUGUUUAGUGUUUCUACAGAUGAUAAUUUUGCAAUGGGUGCAUCAGCGAUUGAACUCCUAGUUUACGAACGUGGUAAAUUGAGAUUGAUUACUUUAACUGAUGGCAAAGUUGUUGACAAGAGUUUAGCCUGGAAACAUGGUGAUAUCAAAGAGAUUUGUUGGAGUGCAGGUUUACAAUUAUUUCUUGUAUUGACAUGGAAAUAUGUAUUCACAUUUAAUCCAACAGAUAAGCAAAUACAACGUAUUCAAGAAAUUCAAGGAUUUAACUAUCAAAUAUUUGGACGAUGUUGUUGUUUUGGACAAACAUUAUUUUUGUGUUACAAUCAUGCAGGAUCACCAAUUGAAAAAUGGUAUUUCACUUCAAAUUGGGAAAUGGCGCAUCGUUGGCUAUCGCCGUUAUCAUGUAAAAGUAAUGAAGUCAUAAAAUCACUUGGUGUAAAUGCAACAUAUCUUGCAGUUCUCAAAACACAAUCAACAUUCUCGGUUCAGAAUCAUUUUACAUUUGAUUUAUAUGAUUCAGCAAUGAUGAUUAUAAACACAAUUCAAUUAUCAACAGAAUCAAUAUGGCAUUCAAUCGUUUCACUUAAUAACGAUCAAUGGUUAAUCAACAUUCAGGAUAUUUUUAUAAUUAAUACAUCUAGUGAACAUGAUCAUUCAAUUUCCAAACGAAUUCCAUGCAAGCAGGGAACCUUAAAUGUUUGUCUACUAGGAAGAAAGCAUUUUGUUAUUCGAGCAUUGAAUGGAACAUCCAGUGCAAAAUUAUGGUUCUACGAGCAGUAG